AUGAGGCCGAUAAAUACAUGUUUAUCCGCUUGGACCGUGGCACCUGUAGUCUACCAUCCGGCAUCCACACUUUAUGCCAUCACAAUAGCAGUUCGGAUCCUUCUUUCCUCCCUCGUAGCCUCUGCGGCACGUCCUACUUUCCCCGACUUUUUCAAUCUCACAUGCAUUACCGCCUGA